AUGGGUUUCACUAAGUUUGACAGGGAUGAACACUCAGUAUCCAACACAGAGUUCCUGGCCAGCAGUGAGGAUUCUGGCAGAUACCGAUGUGCUGUUCAAGGUCAAGAGAAUCUCAACUCUGCUCCAAUGUCUCUUGAUGUCAAAUAUGCCCCAAGGAACACCUUGGUGUCAGUAAGUCCCUCUGGUCCAGCGUUAGAGGGAAGCUCUGUGAACCUGACCUGCAGCAGUCAUGCUAACCCAACAGUAGAGAACUACACCUGGUUUAAGAAGGAUGGAACAAACACCUCACAGACAGGCUCAGGAGAGGUGUUGAGAUUGACUUCUCUAACCUCCUCUGACAGUGGACAGUACUUCUGUGGGGCCAGGAACAAAGAAGGGGCUCACAACUCUACUGUUCUGUCUCUGAUCCUGCAGGAUACAAAUACUGUCCAAAUGCCAGUUUACAUCAGUUCCGCGGCCACAGUUUUCAUGGUGAUCAUAUUUCUUGUGUUCCUAUGGAUGUGGAAGAGCCCAUUCAAAUUAUGUCAAAAGACUGCUGUGGACAAAAAGGAUGAUCAAAACCCAGUCUUAUUCAGUAGAAGGACCAGUAAUGACCCAGCAACACAGGAAGCUAGAACGGAGGAACGGGAAAAUGCCCUCUAUGCCAACAUUCAACUGCCUCCCUCUCACACCCACCCCCAAGACAGUUCUCUGUACUCUGUGGUCGAGCCACCAGCUCUGCAGAACCCUCCUGACCCUCAUUACGCUACCUUUGACUUCCAGCAGUUCUGCAGCUCCAUCGACAGGGCCCAACUCUCAGGACUCCAUGAGGAUGAUGUUGUUUACUCCAAGAUGAAAACCAAACAGGCCAAGGUGACAGACAACCUACAGUAUGCCAGCAUCCAGUUCCCCCUCCCCAGUCCUACUGCCAGGUCAGAAGAAAGAUUAGAGGUGGACCAUUCUGUUAUCUACUCCACUGUUGCCAAACCUGAAGCCUGAACAUAUCAUUUCAUAAUGUUGAAUAAACUAAGCAGCAUUGUUAACACAUGUUAACAUAUGCAAAGUAUGCAAUUAAUGGGUAAUUAUAGCAAUAGAUGUAUAUGUAUUGUACUGUACUUGUAAUGCAUGUGUCUCGGUGAGCUUCCAUUGCUUGUGAUUGAUUGAUCCCGAAAUUUCAUUGGCUGACUGACACCCAGGGGAAGGUGCAGGUAAGAGGGAAGUGGCCAUGUGGCUGGUUUAGUUUGUAACUGUCUGACAAAGUUUGAGAAAAUAUUGUUGAUUUAUCUUGAAUUUAAGUUUUGUAAGAUAUUCCCUUGACCUAACCAGAUCUUGUAUUUUUGGUUGUUUAGUUAGUUUGUUUUAUUAAAUAUGUACUGUUAUGGCCUCCUUUUUGACUUGGCUGAGAAAGGGUCUCGGUAAUUCAGUUUGUAUUCACUAAUGGAGGAGAUGAAAGAAAUAACUUGCAACCUGUUGUUGAUUUUAUUUUGACACUCAACCCCAACUUGAAGAACCUGUGUAUAAUAUGUGAUGGGCAGAGCUACCGAGUACAUGC